UUUAAAAAAAAAAAAAAAAGAGGAAAAAAAAAUAAAAAAAAUCGGUGCGUGCCCAGCCGGAGACAGAGUCACCUUUGAGCUGCUCCGGCGGCGAGCGGUUGGGGCCAUGGGGGGGUCCCUGCGCCUGCUGCCCCCGCUGCUGCUGCUGCUGCUCCCAGGGCCGUGCAGGGCCUUCAACAUCGACGUGAGCAGCCCCCAAUUCUUCCACGGCCCCCCCGAGGCCCAGUUUGGGUACAAGGUGCUGCAGCGGGUGGCCGGCGGGGACCGGUGGCUGCUGGUGGGGGCCCCCUGGGACGGCCCGGAGGGUGACCGCCGCGGGGACGUCUACAAGUGCCACGUGGGCUCGCCCAACGCCACGUGUGACAAAGCCAACCUCGGCACCGCAGCCCUGCAGAGCUCCCCCCUGCCCAGCCGCAACAUGCACCUGGGGAUGACGCUGCUGGACAGCAAGGACGGCGGCUUCGUGGCCUGCGCCCCGCUGUGGUCCCAGGAGUGCGGCACCUCCGUCUUCAGCACCGGCGUCUGCGCCCGCGUGGACGGCGACCUGCGGCCCGUGGAGACCAUCGCGCCCACGGCACAGCGCUGCUCCACCUACAUGGACAUCGUCAUCGUCCUCGACGGCUCCAACAGCAUCUACCCCUGGUACGAGGUGCAGAACUUCCUCAGCAACAUCCUCAGCAAGUUCUUCAUCGGGCCGGGACAGAUCCAGGUGGGGGUGCUGCAGUACGGGGAGCACGCGGUGCACGAGUGGACGCUGGGGCAGCACCGCACGGCGGAGGAGGUGGUGGAGGCGGCCAGGAACAUCAGCCGGCAGGAGGGCCGCGAGACGCGCACCGCCUUCGCCAUCCACCAGGCCUGCACCGAAGCCUUCAGCCCCGAGCGGGGUGGCCGGGAGGACGCCACCAGGCUGCUGAUCGUGGUGACGGACGGCGAGUCGCACGAUGGGGACGAGCUGCCCGAGGCGCUGCGGGAGUGCGAGAGGCGCAACAUCACGCGCUACGCCAUCGCCGUGCUGGGGCAUUACCUGCGCCGCCAGCAGGACCCCGAGGACUUCAUCCGCGAGAUCAAGUACAUCGCCAGCGACCCGGACGAGAAAUAUUUCUUCAACGUCACCGACGAGGCCGCCCUCAACGACAUCGUGGAUGCCCUGGGCGACCGCAUCUUCAGCCUGGAAGGCACCCACGGGAACAACGAGAGCUCCUUCGAGCUGGAGAUGUCGCAGAUCGGGUUCUCCAUCCACCUUCUGGAGGACGGGAUCCUUUUUGGGGCCGUGGGUGCCUACGACUGGGACGGGGCCGUGCUGGAGGAGAGCCGCCGCGGCCGCCUCGUGCCCCCCCGGGAAGCCUUCGAGCCGGAGUUCCCGCUGGAGCUGAAGAACCACGCGGCGUAUUUGGGUUACUCCGUCUCCUCGCUCCGUCUCCCCGGGGGGCAGCGCCUGUUUGUGGCGGGGGCCCCCCGCUUCCAGCACCGGGGCAAGGUGAUCGUCUUCCAGAUGGGCGCCACGGGGACGGUGACGGUGGCCCAGGCGCUGCUGGGCGAGCAGAUCGGCUCCUACUUCGGCAGCGAGGUGUGCGCCCUGGACGUGGACGGGGACGGGGUCAGCGACGUGCUGCUGGUGGCCGCCCCCAUGUUCCUGGGGGGGCAGAGCAGGGAGACGGGGCGGGUGUACGUCUACAGAGUGGGGCAGAAGCUGCUGGCCCCCGCGGGGACGCUGCAGGCGGAGCAGAGGCCGCAGGACGCCCGCUUCGGCUACGCCCUGGCCUCCGUCCCCGACCUCAACCACGACGGCUUCAACGACGCCCUGGUGGGGGCCCCCCUGGAGGACGGCCACCGCGGCGCCGUCUACGUCUACCACGGCGCCCCCGGCACCCUCCUGCCCCGCUACAAGCAGCGCAUCGAGGCGGCGGCGUUGGGCGGGGGGGGGGCGCUGCGAUAUUUCGGGCGCAGCCUCGACGCCCGCCUCGACCUGGACGGCGACGGGCUGCUGGACCUGGCCGUGGGGGCGCAGGGGGCGGCCGUGCUGCUGCGCUCGCGGCAGAUCGUGGGGGUGGCCACCACGGUGUCGGUGGAGCCCCCGGCCAUCAGCGUGACGCGGAGGAAUUGCCGGCGGGGGGGCGGCGGCGCCGUCUGCCUGAGGGCCAGGGUCUGCUUCCGAGCCAGCAGCCGGGCACCGGGACAGCGGGACCGGGACAUCGAGCUGCAGUACAACGUGUCCCUGGAGGAGCGGGGUGGGGGGGCCCGCGCCGCCUUCGACUCGGGCGCCCGGCGGCUGCUGCAGCGGCGCACGGAGCUGGAGCUGGGCAGGCAGAGCUGCCUCCGCUUCCCCUUCCACGUCCUGGACACCACGGAUUACCUGCGGCCCCUCAGCUUCACCGUGCGCCUGGCGCUGGCUGACCCCGAGGGCCCGGUGCUGGAUGAGGAAUCCCCCAGCACCGUCCGCAAACUGAUCCCCUUCUUCAAGGACUGCGGCGAGGACGAUGAGUGCGUCACCGACCUGGUGCUGCGCGCCACCAUGGACAUCACCAGGGAUGGGCAGAGCCCCCACGUCCUGCGCAAGGGCAGGAGGAAGGCGGUGCUGGACGCGGUGCUGGAGAACAAGGGCGAGAACGCCUACAACGCCAGCCUGCUCCUGAGCUUCUCCAGCAACCUGCUCUUCUCCAGCCUCGUGCUCCAGGACACAAACCCGGUGAAGUUGGAGUGCACCGCGCUGGGGGGCCACCGCCGGCUCUGCAGCGUUGGCUACCCCGUUUUUCGCUCGAUGGCCAAGGUCUCCUUCACGCUGGAGUUUGAGUUCAGCUGCUCCGUGCUGCUCGGCCGAGCGGAGGUCAGCCUGGAGGCCAGCAGCGACAGCGCCGAGGCCACGCCGCGGGACAACGGGGUCCAAAUCUCCGCUCCCAUCCGCUACGAGCCCGACCUCUUCCUCUCCAGCGAGGCCAACCUGCACCGCUACGAGGUGCACCCGCUCGGCACCUUCCCCAACGGCCCCGGGCCCGAAUUUAAGACCACGGUGAAGGUGCAAAACCUGGGCUGCUACCCCCUGCGCAACCUCACCCUGCGCCUGGCCCUGCCGGCCCUCGGCUACCGCCGCGCCGCCUUCCUCUCCGUCACCCGCGUCCUGGCCGACAACGCCACGUGCGAGCUUCACGGCCCCGCCGAGGAGCCACGAGGGGGGGGCCCAGCCCCGGUGGUCCCCGUGCACCCCGAGGACCUGCUGCGCGUGGACAGGCUGGACUGCAGCAACGCCUGGUGCCAGGAGCUGAGCUGCGCCCUGGGGCGGCUGGAGCGCGGCGGCGAGGUCUCCGUCCACGUCCUGCGCGCCGUCCACAACGACUUCUUCCGAGCGGCUAAAUUCCGGAGUGUGAGGAUUGUGAGCGCGGCCACGCUGGGGGUGCCGGGGGGCAGCGCGCUGGUGCUGGGGGAGGCGGCGCGGCGGAGGGAGACGGUGCUGGAGAUCAUCCAGGCCAAGCGGGUGCCCAUCUCCCUGUGGAUCCUGGUGGGCAGCAUCCUGGGGGGGCUGCUGCUGCUGGCGCUCAUCAUCUUCUGCCUGUGGAGGCUCGGCUUCUUCACCCGCAAGAAGCUCCCGGAGGAGGAGGAGAAGGAGGAGAAGGAGGGGCAGUGAGCCCCGGCGGCCCCCGCGCGCUUCCCGGCUCUCUCCAGCCCCCGCUGCCCCCCGAGCCCGGCACCUGGGAACAACGGGGGGGGGCUCGGGGGACUCUGCCCCCCACCCCAGUUUUGGUUCCACCGUGGCCGAGGGCGCUGCCGGUGCCGGGUUGUGCUGGCGCGGACGCAGCCAGGUGAGGUUGGGGCCGGUGCCGCGGCACAGGAGCUGCGGGGCUGGGCCCGGAGGAGACGGGGACGGAGGUGGGGGGGCGAGCACCCAGCGAAUUGGGCCCCCCCCAAAUAAAGUUCAGCCCCGUGGAGGUGCUCA